ACAGAUUUUGCAGAGCGAUGAUGGAGGAAGGAGAAGAAGGAGAAGGGUGUUUCGCUCGCAUUCGUCUCUGCCUCAUUUCAAUCUUCUUCCCCAUGAAUACUCCUCGUUCCCCUUGUCUCCAAUUCGUUAUUCAGCUCAAGCACACCCCCCACUUCCCUCCUUCUCCUCCUUCUUCUUCUUGGCUCCCCUUUGGCGCUCCGAAGCCAGUCCCGCCACGCUUUGUCGCUCUCGCAGCUACACCUCACCCCGCUCAUCGCACCCCGUCCUCCGCUCUGUUGCUCAGCUACGCAACCCACGGCCUCUUGCAUCGAGCAUGGCCCCUUUGGCUCCAUCUCUCGUCCGACCCUUCUUUCCUCCCCGACCUUCCCCUUCUUUCCCUCUUAAUCUCUGCGUGCGGCGCCGCCCGCCGUUUCGACCUGGUCCUCCGAAUUCUGGACCACCUCUCUUCGGCCGCGGUUCCUCCUGACUUGCUUCCCCGGGUUCACUCCCUCGCCAUCUCUUGCUUCGCCGAUCAUGCCCAGCUUCACUUGAUGGAGCACACCUUGAGCCUCAUGCUGUCCCGGGGCUUCCCAGUUGAUUCCGCCACCGGCGAUGCCUUCCUCCGAUAUUACAGCCGUUUCGCUUCUUUGGACGACAUGGAGAAUGCUUAUUCCUGGCUCAAGCGCUCUCGCCAUCUCCCCCGCCAAGUAGGAAUCAGGGCCGUGGCUCUUGCUUAUGUCAGGGAUCGCAAGCUCUACAGGUUAGGACACUUCUUGAGGGAUGUCGGCCUCGGUAGGAAAGACCUCGGCAAUCUUCUGUGGAACCUGUUGUUGCUCUCUUAUGCUGCCAAUUUUAAGAUGAAGAGCUUGCAGAGGGAAUUCUUGAACAUGGUUCGUGCCGGGUUCUGUCCUGACGUCACCACCUUUAACAUCCGCCUCCUCGCUUUUUCGAGGUUGUCCUUGUUCUGGGAUCUUCAUCUCAGCCUCGAGCACAUGAAACACACCGGCAUCGUUCCCGAUCUCGUCACUUAUGGUUGCGUUGUUGAUUCCUACUUGGAUAGGAAGCUUGGGAGAAAUCUGAGGUUUGUAUUAGACAAGAUGAACCUGGACGAUUCUCCUCAGGUGUUGACAGACUCAUUUGUAUUUGAAGCUUUUGGCAAAGGCAAUUUCCAUUCAACUUCGGAGGCGUUUUUGGAGUUUCCGAGCAACAAUCCCUGGACUUACCGGAAAGUUGUCACCGCGUAUCUGCGAAAACAAUACAGGAGGGAUCGGAACCAUAUCUUUUGGAAUUACUAACUAGCUGCCUAAGAUUGCUGUCCAAGAAUUCUACCUUUUUUUUUUAUCUUUAAUCUACUACUCAAGUUUGCAUGGCUGAGAAGUACUACAUUCUAGUUUAUGAUUCAGGUUCCACCACUAGAGCUCAUAAUUAGUGUUUAACAACAUCGUGCUGGUAAUGGAAGCAUCGUCAUCUUGGGUCUUUGACCAUGGGAAAGGUUUGCUUGACAUGUGCAAGUAAAAUGAUGGAAGCUGUGGGAAAAAGGAAAGAACCAGACUCUUCUGAAAUAAUUGAUUCCAAUGCUGGAUCUCCAGCACGUCAAUGAAAAAUCUGCUUCGAAGCAGCGUAAUUCGGGUAGUACGUGGAUGGAUGAGGUUGUUGUUGCAAGUGGUUAUACUUUAAAGAAAGUUGAAUCAUUGUUGGGGAUAUCUCAAAUCCUGUCUACACUGGCAAGAUGACUAAAAGCUGCCCAUUCAAACUUGACCCUUUCCAGCGAGAUUAAUAGCUUGUUUGGAGUGAAAAAAGUCAGUUUUAGUACUGGCACACUUCAGCUGCUAAAAGCUGUGGUUGAUGAAUAUGUCAUUGCAAUGGCUUUGAGAGAUGAAUGGAGGGUGAUAUAUUUAACACCUUGAAAGCUUUGGGCAGCCAGAAGUAUGGGGUGCUAAGUCAAGUGUUCUGUCUCGUUGCACCUACUGCUAGCUGCUUGGUUAUGAGGGUAAUGCUGUAUAGGGGACUUGAGGUGCUAAAGGAAGCUGCAUGGUUUAUUUCUAUGAGUUACAUUACUCAGAGGAUCGUCAAAGGGGUGUUGUCUGGGAGAUCUUUUUUCUCUUUUUCGCCGCUGGUCAUAAAAAUGGUUUUCCUUUCUGUGGCAAUGUCAAAUUUCAAAUGCUAGUGAGUUCAUAUAAUGGAGUUGCAGCUUGCAUAAGCAGCCAUGCCAUGUGGUGUACACAUACUCCUUACCACUCCUCUGCUCUGCAGGGUUACAUUCUGCCAAUCGGUGGGAGUGGCUUGUACUUUGGAGUUGAUGAGCACAAACAAUUUAGAUAGAACAAGUUUCUCAA